AUGUUUUUCAAACAAUUGUUUUCUACCAGCGCAUGCCAACACACGAAAGCAUGGAUGAUCAAACACGUGUCCGAUCCAUAUGUUCGUCGAUCAGUUAAAGAAAAUUAUCGAGCACGAAGUGCAUUCAAAUUAAUUGAAAUGAAUGACAUGCAUCAAUUCUUACAACCUGGUCAUACGGUGAUUGAUAUGGGUGCAGCGCCUGGUGCAUGGUCACAAGUACUGGUAAAACAAGUCAAUGCUCGUGUUGAAAAACAAAAGAAAAUCACGUCGACGAAUGAAUUUGUACAUCGAACUAAUCCAGAUUUGAAAUGCGGAACAGUGAUUGCACUGGAUCGUAGUCCCAUUUUUGAAAUUCCCGGUGUACAUAUCAUUGAUGAUUGGAAUUUAACAGCAGAUACAACUAGUGAUUGUAAUAAACGGUUACAGGCACUAUUGAAUCGAUUGAAAACUGAGCAAGUUGACGGUGUUCUAUCUGAUAUGUGUCCAAAUGUAACUGGAUGUAAAGCAAUUGAUCAGUCAGCAAUUGCAGCUUUGCAACAUCAAGCGUUUGAUUUUGCUCGUCGAUUAUUGAAACCAAAUGGUUAUUUUCUAUGCAAAUUAUUUCAAGGUCAUGAAACAUUUCAAGAUCUUCGUUCACUACUUGAAUCUCUUUUUGGUGCUGUUCAUGUGAUUAAACCAAGUUCAUCGCGUUCGGAGUCUUCUGAAUUGUAUUUAUUAGCUUUGGAAUAUCGUCCUGAUGCAACGAAUCGACCAAUAAACGUUUCUGAUAAUCAGAAUGAAAAUACUCGAGUUGAAACAAAUCGGCACGAAAUUGAAAGAUUAAUUAACGAAGCUCGCCGUGUUCGAACGAAGAAUAAAGAUAAAUAG